UUGUGGCAGCGGGUGAUGGCGACGAGGAAGUGACGUCACAGCGGCCUCCAGAACCCACCAGAGCCUCGUAGCGGCGUCCAUUGCCUCAUCUCGCCGUGUCUUGGCAGCAUCUUCGUAAAAUGUCUGAGCUGAAUAUAGAUUUGAAAGAUAAUAUAAGCAAUGAAGUUGGCCACUGUUUGCGUACGUUAGAUGCUUCAGAAGUAGAGCGCUUGCAUCGCCAAGACUUACGUGGCAUAGUUGGAGAAUUUCAGCAAGAGAAACUAGAGAAGGAGGCUGUUGCAAAUUGGGAUAAAUUUUAUAAGCGCAAUGAAACAAGAUUCUUCAAAGAUCGUCAUUGGACCACAAGAGAAUUUCAAGAGCUUAUUGGUGAUGGGGAGAAGACUCGUUCAUUGUUAGAAGUUGGCUGUGGUGUGGGGAACUUCCUUUAUCCAUUACUGGAAGAACGCUUGAACCUCUUCAUUUAUGCCUGUGAUUUUUCACCCCGUGCUGUUCAGUUUGUCAAGAGUCACUCCCUGUAUGAUGCUUCAAAGAUGGAUGUAUUUCAGUGUGACAUUACAAAGGAUGAGUUGAGAGGCAAAUUAAGUGGUGAAGUAGACAUAAUCAGCAUGAUAUUUGUCUUAUCGGCUAUACACCCAGAAAAGUUUAAAACCGUUGUAUCCAAUUUGUACGAGUGCUUGAAACCCGGAGGAAUGGUUUUGGUUCGGGAUUAUGGAUUGUACGAUAUGGCCAUGUUGAGAUUUGGCCCUGGAAGCAAAUUGGGCGAACGCUUCUACGUUCGUCAGGAUGGCACAAGGGCCUACUAUUUCACGGACACAGAGAUGUGCUUGCUGUUUGAAGAAGCUGGGUUUGUGGCUUCCAGUGUUGGUUAUGUGUCUCGCCAAACUGUUAAUAAAAAGGAGGGGAUUAAUGCUCAGAGGAUCUUUGUUCAGGCCAAGUUUGUACGACCGUCUAAGUGAGAAAUGCCUGGGUGGAGGAUGCAUCGAUUUUUCUGGCCCCUUUAUUGCAGGUCUUGGAAGUGAGCUGUUAAUGACCAAUACAUUCAAGUAGUGUAAAGGAAGGCCUAUGAUGUGCUCCAUUGAAAAUGUAAGAAGUGGCUUGAUAUCUCCAUUGCUGAAGACUGGUGCCCUAUUCUCAAGGUGUAAUAUGAGCUGACAUUGUCACUAGUGAAGAUGGGCCACGGGAUGCUGCAGAAAUAUUUACCUGGAUUUACAGAACUACCUAGUAGGAAAAUGGUUGAAUCUUGUUCAUUGCUGUGCCUUGAACUUGUCUACAUAUAAUGCAAGGGAUGUUCAGUCAUAAUGGAAGAAUAGAUGUGCUACAGGAUUGCUUGGAUGAUUGAAGCUUCAAGUUGGAUGGGACUGUUAUUGCUUCUAUACAUGCAGGGAUGUUCAGUCAUACUGAAAGUAGAUGGUUUGGUAUGCUAGCCCAAUUGUUCAUAAUGAUUGACAACUGAAAGAGCUAUUUGAAGAGGAAACCACCUUCAAUGUUAAUGAAUUCUUCAAAAAAUUGAAAUGCCUGGGUGGAGGAUGCAUAGAUUUCUACGGCAGUUUUAUUGCAGGUCUUGGAAGUGAGCUGUUAAUGACCAAUACAUUCAAGUAGUGUAAAGGAAGGCCUAUGAUGUUCUCCCUUGAAAAUGCUGGCAAGU